CGCUGUCACUUGCUGUCUCCAGACAGUUUUUUCUAUGCUAUGGAGGCAGAAAGUGCGGGUUUUUUAAUGGAAUUAAAGUCAAGGAAUGAACCAACCAACAGAGCCACUCGGUGGACCCCGCUCUUGGUUUGGAGCGCCAUCGGCAGCACUGUUGGCUCGGCUGUUCCCUGUGGCUACUGCAUGGGAGUGAUAAACGCCCCGGCUGUGCACAUGCGCUCUUGGUGCCAGCAAACGUUGCUGGAAAACUAUGGCCUCUCGCUGUCCGAUGCCACAUUGGAUACGUUGUGGGCAUUGAUUGUGGCCAUCUAUUUGAUUGGUGGCGUCUUAGGAUCAGCCUGCGCUGGAUGGGCGGCGAAUCGUUUUGGCAGACGAGGCUGCUUUCUGCUCAGUGGGGUCCUGCUGCUUCUGGGUUCCUUUAUGUUCGUCAGUUGCCGCUGGCUGCGUUCGGUCGAACUCCUAUUAAUUGGCCGCAUUGUGGUGGGUCUGGGCGGUGGCCUGGUCAGCACCUGCCUGCCCAUGUAUCACAGUGAGAUUGCAUCUAUUUCGCAGAGAGGAACUCUGGGAGUUGGCUGUGCUGUUGGCUUCUCGGUUGGCCUCGUCGUUUCGCAGAUUUUCACAUUGCAGUCUGUGUUCGGUGGAGAGGAGACUUGGCAUUACGGCUUGAGUUCCUACAUUAUUUUUAUGGCCAUAUGCUAUGCCCCAUUCUGCUACUACGCCGAGAGUCCCAAGUGGUUGUAUAUAGUGAAGCAAAGGCGUGACGAAGCUCGUCAAAUGUUAAUCCAUUUGCGGGGCACGGGUUAUGGGAUUGAUCAGGAAAUAGAUGCUAUGGCCGCAGAGGCCUCUGAUAAGGUCACCACUAGAGGCCUGGCCGAUGUGGUGACCGAUCCAAAGUUGAUGCUGCCUCUGUUACUUUUAUGCUCCUAUCAAGGCGGCCAACAACUUUCCGGUUGCUCCGCCAUCUUCUAUUACUCCGUUUCCAUUUUCCGAAACGGAGGUCUGUCUUCAAGUACCGCUGCCGUGAUGUCCCUCUGUGCCGGGAAUGUAAAUUUGGCCGUCUCGCUAAUGAGUCCCCUACUGAUGACCAAGUUUAAUAGGCGCACCCUAAUGCUGAUGUCCUCAGGAUUCUGUGGUCUCGUCAUGUUCUCCUUUGCAUGGAUGGUGGAAUACACGGAGCAAGUUCCCUGGUUCUCGUAUGGCACAAUGGCAUGCAUUUUUCUAUACCUCAUUGCGUUUCAACUGGCGUUGGGUCCAAUGCCCUCGUUCAUUGGUGCAGAGCUGUUCGAGGUUCCGUCUCGCUCCGUGGCCCUAUCUAUUGGCAAUCAAGUGGGCUGGGGUUGCAAUUUUUUGGUGGGCUUCCUCUUUCCUUCUAUGCACUCCUGGCUAGGCUCGUGGAUUUUCCUAGUCUUCUCCACGUUUGGUGGGCUAGUCUUUGUGCUGACUAAGCUGUACUUGCCGGAGACGCGCGGGGUUGAGGUCACAACAGUCGCCGAAUUAGUUUCAAAGGGUUUUAGGAGCAAGGUUAUUAAAUAAAGAAUUAACUAAUGUUAAACUUA